AUGGACUCCCUGAGACUGGCAAAUUCUGCUUUUGCUGUUGACUUGUUCAAACAGCUAUGUGAAAAGGAGCCCACGGGAAACAUUCUCUUCUCUCCAAUAUGUCUCUCUACUUCCCUGUCACUUGCUCAAGUAGGUGCCAAAGGUGACACAGCAAGUGAAAUUGGACAGGUUCUUCAUUUUGAGAACGUCAAAGAUGUACCCUUUGGGUUUCAAACAGUCACUUCGGAUGUAAAUAAGCUCAGUUCCUUUUACUCUUUGAAGCUAAUCAAGCGACUCUACAUAGACAAAUCUCUGAACCCUUCUACAGAAUUUAUCAGUUCUACAAAAAGGCCAUAUGCAAAAGAAUUGGAAACUGUCGACUUCAAAGAUAAACUGGAAGAAACGAAAGGUCAAAUUAACAGCUCUGUUAAGGAGCUCACAGAUGGCCAUUUUGAGAACAUUUUGUCGGAGAACAGUAUAAGCGACCAGACCAAAAUCCUCAUGGUUAAUGCCGCCUACUUUGUUGGAAAGUGGAUGAAAAAAUUUCCUGAAUCAGAAACAAAAGAAUGCCCGUUCAGAGUCAACAAGACAGACACCAAACCAAUACAAAUGAUGAAUCUAGAGGCCACGUUCUGUUUGGGCAACAUUGAUGAGAUCAACGCUAAGAUCAUAGAACUUCCCUUCCAGAAUAAGCAUCUCAGUAUGCUCAUUGUGCUACCCAAGGAUGUGGAGGAUGAGUCCACAGGCCUGGAAAAGAUUGAAAAGCAACUCAACCCAGACACACUGUUGCAGUGGACCAACCCCAGCACCAUGGCCAACGCCAAAGUCAAACUCUCUCUCCCAAAGUUUAAGGUGGAAAAAAUGAUUGAUCCCAAGGCUAGUCUGGAAAGGCUGGGUCUGAAAAGUCUCUUCGAUGAAAACACAUCUGAUUUCUCUGGCAUGUCAGAGACCAAGGGAGUGACCCUAUCAAAUGUGAUUCACAGGGUAUGCCUAGAAAUAACCGAAGAUGGUGGCGAGUCCAUUGAGGUGCCAGGAUCCCGAAUCUUACAGCACAAGGAUGAAUUCAAUGCUGACCACCCAUUUAUCUAUAUCAUUAGACACAACAAAACACGAAACAUCAUUUUCUUUGGCAAAUUCUGUUCUCCUUAA